CCAAUUAAAAUUACAGAGAUCAAAAUGACACAAAAACCAAAGUACAGGAACUACCGCCAUAAUAUACCCUAUAUGUUAAUAAUGAGUAAGAGGAGGGUGUACACCAUUUGUUGAAUCAGUUUCUUUUUCAGCCUGCCUCCUGCUGCUGCUGCUGUUACUUGUAUAAUUGUAUUACUUGUGGCUGUGGCUAUGGUGGCUGUGGAUUCUUCAAAAAUGAGUCGUGCAUUUUCACUUGCACCUAAGCCUUGCAUCAAAGCCAGCAUCAAUAUGAAUGGCAAUGGCAAUUUUCUGUCUCAGAAAUAUUUUAAAAUGUCAAAUCCUGCUGCAGCGAGAAUGAGAGUGAGAGCUGAGUUAGCCACAGCCCCCAAGCAAAUUCGGCCACGCUCCAUACCUGAAUUAUCGGUUCUAGGCAUUCCUCACACUGAUCUCCAUGUUUCCGAAAUUGUCCAGAGGCAGUCUUCUUAUCACACAAACAAUUUUGCCACAGUUGACCAUGAUGAUUCUUGCAGAAACAUGAACCCACAGUUCCAUCCUACAUUCCUCGAAGAAGCUUACCAAAGAUGCAGGAAUCUUUGUGCAGAAUAUGCUAAGACCUUCUACCUAGGGACAUUAUUGAUGACAGAAGAGAGACAGAAAGCAAUAUGGGCAAUCUAUGUUUGGUGCAGGAGGACAGAUGAACUGGUGGAUGGGCCGAAUGCUAUGCACAUGAGCUCGGCAGUGUUGGACAGGUGGGAAAAGAGACUGCACGACAUCUUCCACGGACGCCCCUAUGACAUGUUGGAUGCUGCACUCACUCACACUGUUUACAAGUUCCCUCUAGACAUUAAGCCUUUCAGGGACAUGAUAGAGGGCAUGAGAAUGGAUCUGAGGAAGAGUCGAUAUGAGAAUUUUAAAGAGCUCUACCUUUACUGCUACUAUGUGGCUGGGACUGUUGGGCUAAUGAGCGUUCCGGUAAUGGGGAUAGCACCAGAAUCUGCAGUUUCUGCUCAAAGUAUAUACAAUGCAGCAUUGAACUUGGGCAUUGGAAAUCAACUCACCAACAUUCUUAGAGAUGUGGGAGAAGAUGCCACGAGAGGGAGAAUUUAUCUUCCCCAAGAUGAGCUGGCUCAAUUUGGGUUACGCGAUGAGGAUGUGUUCUCGAGAAAGGUGAGUGAUGGAUGGAGAGAAUUCAUGAAAGAGCAGAUUGCAAGAGCAAGAUUCUAUUUCAAAGAGGCUGAGGAGGGAGCUUCUCAGCUUGACAAGGCUAGUCGUUGGCCGGUCUGGUCAUCGUUACUGUUAUAUCGCAAGAUUUUGGAUGCAAUUGAGGAUAACGAUUAUGAUAACUUGACAAAGCGAGCUUAUGUCGGGAGGACUAAGAAGCUUCUCAUGCUGCCAUUAGCAUACACUAGAGCUGCAUCAGUGCCUAGUCUCGUCUUUCCUUAAAAUUAUCUAUUUACUACAGCCAGCCAAAAUACCAAAACAAAAAAAUGUUUGAUGGAAACAGAACAGGACAUGUAUAUUCAAGGUUGAAUGUGUUUUAAACAUAGAGUGUUGGUUUUCAAAAAAAAUUCUUUCCUAAGAAACUAAAAUUUGUGAAAAAUGUUCAUGUACCCAGAAUUUGUUCCCCAAAAGUUAAGUGUACAAUGUAAAUUUAGAAUUGGUGUGAUAUGGACCACAUCUAGAAUGAAUGUAAUUCUCUAUGUAAUUAUUUGAAUUCAAAAUAUGUAUCAUUGUGUUUGGACCCAAAAUGACAAAUCAAUGAUGAGAAAGAGCC